AUGGCUCCGUUCCGCAACAGGGAUCGGUCCAACAGAUCUGGGCGUGGUCAGGUGGAGCAUAAUGUGCUCGAAGGACUUCCAAUCAACCAGUACCGAGAAGUUGAGAUAACCAUUGGGCCAAACACCACCGAAAUCAAACAGCUGGAUCAGGAUGAUUGGCCGGCCCUCCCCAUGCCCCGGGACUCUCACUUACUGCCUGAGCAUUCCCAACAGAUCCUUGCCAGAGCGAGGGCUCCUCGCAUCUACAAGCCUCCAGCGCCAGUAGAAGAGGACAAAGAGAUCAUGGAUGAAGAAGAGGAGCAUAAGGAGGUACGACAAGGCUUUACUGUCAAGAAGUGGAUGAAAGUACCGAGGCAUCUUGAAGAGUCAGAACCAGAGUAUCUAGCCAAGCGACGCAAAGGCCUUCCUUCGCAGUAUGUCAAUGGCGCCGCUAUGAUCCAGCCCACCCCCAUGAGAGAAACAAAGGUCAAGAAAACCGAUGCAGAGGGCAAUGUGAAUGUUUACAAGGUUUUGGUACCAGAAGGUCAAGCUGUGGAAGGCGAAGUACAACCGACCGACGCCGUCACUGACGCAGCAAUCCCAGCCCCAGGAACUGUUGUAGAAGGCGUUGGUGUUGUGAACGCCGAAGGUGUGGUCGUAGCAAAUGAUCUAUUACAGCAAACUCCGCCUAGAAGACGGCCCCCUCCACCCAAAAAGAAGAAGAAGAGCGGACCCGGACGAGGCAAAAAGAAAGUUUUGUUUGCGGAAGGGACUACAGAGCAAGGAACACCCAUUUCGAGCACAGGCAGCGAGCUGCUCACCGUGCCGGGUGUCAAACAAGAGGGGUCAGUCGAACCAUCUGAGGGGGGAGAUACUCCGAUGCCAGACGCUGGAGACGAAGACGAGGGAUCUGGAGAAGAAGGCUCGGACGAUGAUGAUCAUGAAGACCACGAGGAACAGGAAGGAAACGAGGACCACGAGGAAACACCUGUGCAAGCGAUCCCCAUUUCGACAGCAUCCGCCCCGCCAACAAACGUUCCUGAUGUUGAACAAGCGGAUACUCGUAUGGCUGAUGCACCACCCCUUGCAGAAGCUGCGCCCGUAGCCGCGACUGAGCCGGAUCAACCAAUUCAAGCUUUAGCUCCUGCAGGAAACAUUACAGCUGUUGGGCACAGCGAACCUUCCUUGCAACCGUCUGUUGAACAGCAAUCAGAAGAGGCACCUCGUCGGGACCCAUCGAGUUCUCCAGAACUCCCUCUCUCAGCCGUGUCGCAUAGCCGCCACAAUUCCCUCAAUCAGCUAACACCGAUCUUUACCCCGGAGACUUCGACAGUUCAAGAGUUGGGUGUGCCACUGGGGUCUACUGUCGUCCCAGAGCCUUCUGAUCCCGAAGUAGUGCUUGGAAAAGCGCCCGAGGUGACACUCGAAGCAGCUCCCGGAGCAGCAUCAGAAGCGCCUCGUACUGAAGGAGUAGUGGCACCGGCUACAGUUGACAAAGAAGUUUCAUCGGCUACGAAUGUGGAGCAAUCAGCGGACGGCGCGCCCACGCCGGACGGCGAGCCUGACUUGCUCGGGAGCCUCGAGAGGCAGCUGGAGAAAGAUAGUGAGACAAUGGGCGCGAACUGA